UCUCCUAUCUUUUCUCUUCCAAACCCUAGUGUCUUCACUCCAAUUCUCUUACUUCCUCAGAUCCACCAUCGCUGCUACAUUUUGGUUCAGAUUUCCUCCGGUUCUACUGCACUUUUGCAAAAGUUGGUUGUGCAGUCUCAGUUUUCAGUCAACAUCUUUAAGUCUUCAUUGGGUUCAGGAUUCAAUUAUGGCCAGUGACACUGUUGUGAGCCUUCCUAAUGGCAAUGCCAAUAUACAGCCUGAUCCACAGAGGACGUACCAAGUUGUUGUGGCUGCAACUCGAGAUAUGGGUAUUGGUAAGGAUGGGAAACUACCCUGGAGAUUGCCUUCUGACAUGAAAAUUUUCAAGGACAUUACUAUGACUGUAUCAGAUACGGUGAAAAAGAAUGCAGUUAUAAUGGGUAGAAAAACAUGGGAAAGUAUUCCUCUUGAGCAUCGGCCUCUGCCUGGCCGCCUAAAUGUUGUUCUGACUCGUUCUGGAAGUUUUGAUAUUGCAACUGCAGAGAAUGUUGUAAUAUGUGGAAGCAUGGCUUCUGCUUUGGAACUAUUAGCCGCAUCUCCCUAUUGUCUAUCCAUUGAAAAAGUGUUUGUUAUAGGAGGUGGCCAGAUACUAAGGGAAGCUCUCAAUGCACCUGGAUGUGAUGCUAUCCACAUUACAGAAAUUGAGACAAGCUUCGAAUGUGACACUUUCAUCCCUGCUAUUGAUUCCUUGGUAUUUCAGCCUUGGUACUCAUCCUUCCCAUUGGUGGAAAACAAUAUUCGUUAUUCUUUCAUGACUUAUGUUCGUGUGAGAAGUUCUGCAGACGAAUCCCAAAUCCAGAACAAUGGUGACAGUGGGUUGGAAUCCAUUAAAUUUGAUAUUAAGAAGUUCUCUUUCUUGCCCAAGAUGAUCUUUGAGAGGCAUGAGGAAUACAUCUAUCUGAGAUUGGUUGAAGACAUCAUCUUAAAUGGUGUUCAAAGGGAUGAUAGGACAGGGACUGGUACUUUAUCAAAGUUUGGUUGCCAGAUGCGGUUUAAUCUACGAAAAACUUUUCCGCUUCUUACAACUAAGAAAGUAUUUUGGCGAGGGGUUGUUGAAGAACUACUGUGGUUCAUCAGUGGCUCAACAAAUGCUAAGGUCCUACAGGAAAAGGGAAUUCAUAUAUGGGAUGGCAAUGCAUCCAGGGACUACCUUGAUAGUAUUGGCUUGGCAGACAGGGAAGAGGGUGACUUGGGACCCAUAUAUGGGUUCCAGUGGAGGCACUUUGGUGCUAGCUAUAUUGACAUGCAUGCUGACUAUACUGGCCAAGGAUUUGAUCAGUUGUUAGAUGUUAUUAACAAGAUCAAGAAUAAUCCGAAUGAUCGACGGAUUAUCCUCUCAGCUUGGAAUCCUUCUGAUCUCAAAUUGAUGGCACUUCCACCCUGCCAUAUGUUUGCACAGUUCUAUGUAAGCCAUGGGGAGUUAUCAUGCCAAAUGUACCAGCGAUCUGCUGACAUGGGUCUUGGUGUGCCGUUUAACAUUGCAUCUUAUGCGCUCUUAACAUGCAUGAUCGCUCAUGUUUGUGGUAUGCAUUUACCUUGUUCUGGUGAUUUCAUCCAUGUUAUUGGGGACUCUCAUGUUUAUCGGACUCAUAUCAGGCCUCUGCAGGAGCAGCUUCAGAAGCUUCCUAAACCUUUUCCAAUUUUGAAGAUCAAUCCACAGAAGAAGAACAUUGAUUCUUUUGUGGCAGCUGAUUUCCAACUCAUAGGUUAUGAUCCUCAUCAGAAAAUAGAGAUGAAAAUGGCGGUAUAGAGCUCCAAUCCAUUAAAGAAAACAUGGAGGCUCUUCCUCCCCUUUCAGGCAAUAUAUGCUUGUAGUUUUGAGGCAAGUACAUGUCUGCUUAUAUCUCCUAUCAAUUUCACAUUCUAAUCUAGAUAAAGUCAUGUGCUUAAGCGCUGCAUGUCCCAUGGCAUGCAUCUCUUCUGCCAUAGCAACUCGAAACGUUGGUUUCCCCACUGUUAGUUUGUUACCCCUUUGGCAAUGAUAUUCGUGUGUGUGUGUGUUUUCCUUUCAUACUCUUGUAGAAAUUUAUAAUUUGGUGGGUGUAUGUCAUUGGGUGGUGUGGAGAAUGAUAUCCCUUGCACAUGCUAGGGUUUUCAGUGCAUGAUUUACCCACUUGGAGAUUGAUGUGGUAGGGAUAUAAUUGUGUCUGAGAAAGAGAUAGUCUCAUAAAAAAAUGGAAUUUGAGAUUUGUGGGUAGGAUUGUGUUUGGAUAGGAUGGUAUUAUUUAAUGCUAAUAAGUACCUGAAAUGAAGAAAAUAGGUUAACAAAUAUCUUCAAAAUCAGGCAAAUCCGAUUUAGGCACAAGGGUAAUAGGUAAACGAUUUGCUUCAUGGUAGGUAUUUCGAUUCACAAACAAGUCAGAGUGCAACUUUGGUUUCUACUUGCCCAGAAAGGUAUCAGCUAUUACCAGUGAUAAGAAAAGUUGCUCCCUUGCUGUGUUCUGUUUCGUUUCAUGCUUUAGUCCCACAUCGUUUCACACUACUGUCUAUCUGCUUGAGGAUUGGAACACACCAUGUUAAAUGCUGAGGAAUUCUAGGUUAUUUAGUUCGAUUAUCAUCAGUUUUAAUAGGUAAUCUUGAAUUUAUUUUGUGCGAUUAAAGCUCGCUGUUUUUAAUGAUGUUGCAGGCACGGCUAAUGGAAGUUAAUGUUGAUAGUUAUAUACAAAUAAAAAACUCCUAGAGUUGGAUACACUUGAAGCUCUACAUAUGUAGUAACUGAGAAUCCUUUAGUUCCUCUUACAAAAUGUUGGUUCUAAGGUGAUUUAGGAUAUAUUUAUUUUCACUUUUUGGAAUCUGUGUUGUUUUGUCUGUUAUAAUUGCUGUUUUCAGUUGCUACAAAUACCUUUCGAGCACUGUUGAGAAACAAAUGGGAACCUGAGAUGACCCAAUUUUUCAUCUUGGAGUGGUUAUCUAGUUGGUGGAACUAUUUCUAUUUUGUUUCUUAAAAGAAUUCCUUUGUAGCUUCA